UGGCGGAUUCUGUAAAUCCAAGGGACUACAUUCCCCAUGGUGCACCGGAGCUCAAAGGAGCUAGUCUGUGAUUGGCCCCCCUUCCUGCAGGCUGUUGGAGAAUGAAUAAAAUUGUACAGUAUAUUCUGAUGUGAGAGGUAAAGAAAAAAAAGGAAAAGGAAAAAAAGAAAGAAAGAAAAGAAAGAAAAUCCUCAGCCUCCCCAACCAGCCCAGGCAGGCAGAGAGAUAUUCAUACCGUAUCAAAAUGGCCACAGCUGUGCACAAGCCUAUCAAAUGCAUUGUCGAUUGCGUGGCUGCAGAGGGGCUCCUCCGGUCUGGUAUCUGGUUCUCGCAGGGGGUGGCCAGCCUGGGCGAGGACUUCUACCGGGAGGCCAUUGAGCACUGCCGCAGCUACAACGCCCGGCUGUGUGCUGAGCGCAGCAUGCGCCUGCCCUUCCUGGACUCACAGACAGGAGUGGCCCAGAACAACUGCUACAUCUGGAUGGAGAAGACCCACCGGGGCCCAGGCCUGGCUCCGGGGCAGAUCUACACUUAUCCUGCUCGUUGCUGGCGGAAGAAACGUCGGCUGAACAUCCUGGAGGAUCCGCGGUUGCGGCCCUGUGAGUUCAAGAUGGAUUGUGACCCCCCCCUGAAAAAGGAGGGGGGUCUGCCUGAGGGGCCAGUCCUGGAGGCCUUGCUUUGUGCAGAGUCUGGGGACAAGAAGCCAGAGCUGAAGGAGGAGGAACUGGCCUUGGACUGCCCGAAGGUGCCGGUGGGGGAAUUUCUCCAUGAUUUAGAUCCAGAAGACCUGGAGGACGAUGCACCUCGUCGGAAGAACAAAGCCAAAAGCAAGGCCUACGGGAUCGGGGGGCUGCGGAAGAGGCAAGAGGCGGCGCUGCUGGAAGACCGGGACAAGCCCUACGUGUGCGACAUCUGCGGGAAGCGCUACAAGAACCGGCCUGGCCUGAGCUACCACUACACGCACACGCACCUGGCCGAGGAGGAGGGCGAGGAGGGCGCCGAGCGGCACACCCUCCCCUUCCACCGCAAGAGCAACCACAAACAGUUUUACAAAGAGUUGAACUGGGUCCCAGAGAACCAUCGCAAGCACACAGCUAAGAAAGCUCCGGACGGCACAGUCAUUCCAAACGGUUAUUGUGAUUUCUGUCUAGGCGGCUCCAAGAAGACCGGCUGCCCCGAGGAUCUCAUCUCCUGUGCAGAUUGUGGGCGCUCAGGGCACCCAUCCUGUUUGCAGUUCACCGUGAACAUGACAGCUGCUGUGCGCACGUAUCGGUGGCAGUGCAUUGAAUGCAAGAGCUGUAGCCUCUGUGGCACUUCUGAGAACGAUGAUCAGCUGCUGUUCUGUGACGACUGUGACCGGGGCUACCACAUGUACUGCCUGAGCCCUCCCAUGGCUGAGCCCCCUGAAGGAAGCUGGAGUUGCCACCUGUGUUUGCGGCAGUUGAAAGAGAAGGCCUCUGCAUACAUCACCCUGACCUAGACUGGUCCCCAGCCCCCUCUUCCCCCCACUCGUAUUCCUCCGCCCUGGGUUUGGCACUUGGCUCUCUCUGCCUGGGCCGUGAGGGGGGGUGGGGGGUGGCUUCAGUGGAGCUGUUGUGCUUUUCUCAAAAGGGGGGCAGGGCGCUGUCUGUGCCCUCCAAGCCACCCCCCCAUCACCACAGGAGCCAGACCUGACUCAAAGCCAUAAGGUGGGGGAGGGGGCUUAGGGGAGCUGGAAGAGGGCAGCAGGGCCUGUCCGGCCCCCUCCUCUGCUUUUUUUCUAGUUGCAUGUGGAAUUUCAGUGUCCCCUCCCCCCCACCCUUCCUGGCGUUCCGCUCCGCUCCUGUGAGGCAAAGGGCCACGCUCCAUUCUGCCUUGCCACCUCUUCUUCCAGUCUACCCUCUCUGAAGGGUUGGGGGUCCAUUCCUUUUCAGGUGCUGCAGCAUGGGGCUGGGGAGGGAGGGGGACCAGCAGGGGUACACCUGAGGCCCUGGCAGGCCUGGAGCACAGCCUUGCGUUGGGUAGGUCCUCUCUGCUGGCCCCCAAGGUGAGGGACUUUUCAGUGUUGCGGGGUUUUAAGUGAUAGGGCAAGUUUAAAUGAAAACACAAAAAGGUGGGCCAGGGGUGGGAGAAGCUGGGAAAAGGCCGCUGGAGAGGAGGUGUCACUGCAAGUCAGCCAGCGCAUUCCCCCCCCCCCCCCGCCCAGCUCCACCUUGUGUACAUGGUGUUGUUCUGUUGCCUGCAUCUUUAAUGUGCUUGGAUUGUUCUGUGCAUUAAAUGUGGUCUGAAUUA